AUGAAGUAUAUCGGUAUUCAUUUAUCCCUUUUCUUGGGAUCGUGUCUUGUUCUUUGCUUCAUCACACCAACCUCUGAUGCUUUCACCAGUCGUGAUGCUGCCGCUGGACGAACAAGAGGAGGAGGAGGAGGAGGAGCACUACAAAGAAGAACAAUGAUGAUGAGUGAGGAAUCAUCCUUUUUGUUUCGAACAGCAGGCUCGAGAUAUGACGAUUCAUUGUCAUUGUAUCAUCGCUUUGGUGUGAGUAGUAGUGUUUCUAAUAUUUAUUUGCAAGCCGCCAGGAGCAAAGAGAACCAACAUCAACAACAACAACAACAACAACAAGACGAUGUAUCAGCACUACCACAACUCAAGAACAAGCUAAUCAGUACAAAACGAUGGAUUCUUCCACUCUGGAACAGUAUGUUGCGUACCUUUCCUUCCAACAAUGGUCGUGCAAGGCGGAGCAAAACGUUUCUGGCCAUGGCUUUCUUUGCCAUUGCAUGUUCUUUUUGCCGAGUCCAUCCGGCGAAUGCUGAUGUUAUGGAAACAGCAACAACAGCAACAACAAGAUCUACUAUCGAAUCAUCCUACUACAUUGGCAGCAACAGCAACAGCAACAGCAACAACAACAACAACAACAACAACAACAUGGCAUUCGAAUCAUUGGAACCUGUGGAACCCAUUCGAAUGGUGCAAGCUGUUGAGACUAGUAGUAGCACAACGAGUCCUAGUACUAGCUACUACUACACUAAAAAGAACAAGGACCACACGUCCCCAUCAGUCAACAAGGCAUCUGUGACAUAUGCCACCCUGUUGUCGAUGGGAGAAGGCCUCAAUCCUAAUUUGGAACCUACUACCGAAAUGGCAGUACUCCAAGAUAAUGACAAUAAGGGUAUUGUGGAGACGAGUAGUAAUAGUAUUUUGAGUGUCAACAAUGGUGGUGGUGACAAAGCAUCAUCAUCAUCAUCGUCAUCAUCAUAUCAGGGCAAACUAUCGGCGACAGGAGUCGUACUAUUGGCGGCAGGAGUUCAUGUCUUUCGCUUGCAACGCAAACAGAGACGUCUCCAUGACAAUUUUGAAUCCUGGAAUGCCUCUUGGAAUGCAACAACUACUACUACACCAACUACUACUAGCGGCGUCAAAGCGAAUAACAUGGUGCUGGAAUCGAAAGAACCAUUCGUGGCAGCAGCAUUAUUGGCCAACAAGGCAAUAUCCAGCAACAGCAACAGCAACAAUGGUACCAUGUCCUCUCUUCGCAUGGAUGAUACGGAAACUAUGGACAAGCCGCCUAAUACUGCCGUUGACAGUAGUAAGAACAGUGAAAAGAACAGCAAGAAAUAUUACAAUGAUGACGAACCAGGAUUUGGUGCCACUCCAGAACCUCGAGAACAUUCCAACAAUAAUGAAGAGGCAGCCUCAAAAGCAGAAGACAUUGUCAAGGCAACCAUGAAGGCAAUGGGGAAAGCAGGGGGCGAAUCAACGACGCUAGAGCAAGGAUUCAUAUUUUUGGGAACUGAUGCUUCUAAGACAGUAGCAUCGUCACCAGAUCCUACCGUGGAAGAAUUGGAGCAACAGGUAAUGACGCUAGAAGAUUAUCUGAAUAUAAAAGUGGACGAGGAGUUAGCCCACCACCUUACAAGUGAAAACAACAACAGCCAAGAAGAUACCAAGUAUCCAAAGGAACGGAUGCCAAUUUUGGAUCCGGUGGAACGGGCCAAAGUAUCUGCCAAGUAUGCGGCAAUUGGUUCCUUGGAGGACCGAGCGUUUCAAAUCUUGGUGGAUCUGGGGAUGAUUGACCAGACAAACUGA